AAUGACGUAUUUCCUUAUUACUGUUAAGCAAUAUGUUAUCUAACGAUUACGAUUACUACUGCUAACGACAACUGAUAAACCAUCAAUUGGCUUUAACGAUCAAUCCGAAGAAACUCGGACCUCCCUUUCCCUGUGUCCUCCAAGAUCCCAACUUCCUCUGCGAGCGGUGAAUCAGACACACGGCUCCGCUGAGCUGGAGUAGAGCGAGGAGCGCUGAGGAAACGAGACGAGAAGAGGGCGCAGACGAGGCAGGCAGUGGGAGACUAGCUUGGGAGACUUUCAGCUGGGGGAACGAAUUACAGUCUAGGAGGUUUGACACAAGAGGAGCAAACAGCAAUGAGUUGGGGAACGGAGCUUUGGGAUCAGUUUGACAACCUUGAGAAACACACACAAUGGGGAAUUGACUUCCUGGAAAGAUAUGCAAAGUUUGUGAAAGAGAGAAUGGAGAUCGAGCAGAACUAUGCAAAACAAUUAAGGAACCUUGUGAAAAAAUACUGCCCUAAGCGCUCCAAAGAUGAAGAGCCUAGGUUUUCAUCCUUGUUGUCCUUCUACACCAUCCUAAACGAACUCAAUGACUACGCGGGCCAGAGAGAGGUAGUGGCAGAGGAGAUGGGGCACAAAGUCUACGGAGAGCUCAUGAGAUAUUCCCAAGAGCUCAAAUCGGAAAGGAAACAUCAUCUUCAGGAGGGGAGGAAAGCCCAACAGUACUUGGAUCACUGCUGGAAACAGAUGGAUAAUAGCAAGAAGAAAUUUGAGAGGGAAUGCCGGGAAGCUGAAAAGGCUCAGAUGAGCUACGAGAGGUUAGAUAAUGACAUUAACGCCACCAAAUCGGAAGUGGAAAAGGCAAAGUCACAGCUUUACCUGAGAACACACAUGGCUGAUGAGAGCAAGAAUGAAUAUGCGGCUCAGCUACAGAACUUCAAUGGCGAACAAUGGAAACAUUUUAAUGUUGCUAUUCCACAAAUUUUUAAGAACCUGCAGGACAUGGACAGCAGGAGAACUGUGAAGCUGGGCGAGACCUACAAGAGCUUCGCUGAUGUGGAGCGCAGAGUCAUCCCCAUUAUCUCCAAGUGUCUGGAGGGAAUGGUGUCGGCUGCGAAGUCGGUGGAUGACCGCAGGGAUUCUCUGAUAGUGGUGGAAUCCUUCAAAUCUGGGUUUGAACCACCUGGGGAUUUCCCUUUCGAAGAUUUCAGCCAGAACAUCUACAGGUCAGGUUCCGACGGAACUAUCAGCACUCCUAAGAUUGACACCAUGAAGACGGAUCCCAAGCACUCGCUGGGGAAGGCCAAGAACAAGCUGUGGCUGUUUGGGAAGAAACCCAAGGGGCCAGCACUGGAGGAUUUUAGUCACCUUCCCCCUGAGCAGAGGCGCAAGAAACUGCAGCAGAGGAUUGAUGAACUCAACAAAGAGCUGCAGAAAGAGGUGGACCAAAGAGAUGCACUGAACAAGAUGAAAGACGUCUACGAGAAAAGCCCUCAGAUGGGAGACCCUGGAAGUCUGCAGCCCAAAAUAGCUGAGACCAUAAGCAACAUAGAGCGCCUCCGAGUGGAGAUUCACAAAAAUGAGGCCUGGCUGUCUGAGGUGGAAGGUAAACAGAGCGCAAGAGGCGACCGGCGCCCCAGCGCGGAGGUCAACCACCACACUCCACACGGGCGAGAGAGCCCGGAGGGCAGCUACACAGAGGACCCGAGUCAGGAGCACAGGAGUCCUCCACAGCCUGACCCGCACGAGUUUGAUGACGAGUUUGAUGACGACGACCCGCUGCCUGCGAUCGGACAUUGCAAAGCACUCUAUGCCUUCGAUGGUCAAAACGAAGGCACCCUGGCGAUGAAGGAAGGAGAGGUGCUCUACAUCAUUGAGGAGGACAAAGGCGAUGGCUGGACACGAGCACGGAAGCAGGGUGGUGAGGAGGGCUAUGUGCCGACGUCCUACGUGGACAUCACUCUGGAGAAAAAUAGCAAAGGUUCCUGAGUGGCUGAGUGGGUUUCUGUCACUGUGGGCGAGUCAUUGAAGGAGGGUACAUGCAGCUUUCUGUCUCUUGGGAGGGGGAGGGGGCAGGCUCCUAGCUGGGGCCAGCCAGGAGCUUUAGAAGGAGGUUGCAUGUUUGCAUGCAGACAUCCAUUGACAUUAACGCCAUUCUGUCCGAAAGGAGGGUUGCCACAACUGUCCAUGUUACACACUUGUGUAACAUGGCCACGCUCUCCUGCCAUUCCACGCUUGAAAUGCAUAGAACUGACACUUAACCGAUCGCUGGCUACAGUAAGGCACUGGCCUGAUAUACAAGUGGGUGGCAGCAGAAUUUCCUGAACCCAAAGAGAAAUGAUUUAAAUGAUUUAAUGAAUCUAAAAAGAAUUGUAGCCUCUGCCAGGACAAAAUGGAUAAAUUCUUGGAUAAAUAAAUACAACUUGAGGCAAUUUUGAACUUGAUUUUGAACCAACCCUAAUCCCUUGUCUUGACCACUGAUGCGUAGGAUUUUUUCAUUGAUCCUACAGUGUGGAAUGUCUGCCUGUGCCAGCCUGUAUGCUUUGCCCUUAACAUGCCACAGCAUGUCUUUGAAACAUCUUCCUAGGUUGAGAUUCAGGAUUGUUCGCAUGGCAUCAUGUUUAAAUGUGUGAUUCAUGUGCAUCUAAGCCUGUGUUCGAUCGUCAUCAAAUCCCACAUCUUAUUUCCUCUCUUUUCCUCUCAAAACAUUUACGUUCCGGUACUUUUUUCCCCCAUUUGCGCUGCUAUAACUCAGUUCAUUGCACCAUGCACAAGCACGUCACUCUCGGUCAGUGGCAGAACAGCAGAAUGGCAGCUGGUCUCUGGGGCUGCCCAGCAAAGGGGGGAACCUCCUCUAGCCUCCCAGCAGCCUGUGCUGGGGCGGGGCUGGCAGUGCCACAGGGAGCCCUUUUUCUGCGGACCUGGAGUACCAGUGCAACGUGUAAGAAGAGAUUUCACUGGACAAAGGUGAAGGACCAAAUCCCACUGACACUCCAGACUCUCCAAGCAAUCCAUGCCUUAAUACAGCUCUACGGUGGAAGAGUGCCUAAAUCUGCUGAGUGCCAAUCCAAUAAAAAGCGACGCAAGGGCUUCAUUUAUUUAAGCACUGGUGUAUUACGGUGCUUUUCUGGAAUUUGUUGAGAUCUCUUCUUUUAUGCUCUGGUGGAUCUGUUUAUCCUCUCCUGUGGUUUCAGAACCACUUCCAGUGAUUGGUGCAUCUCAAGAAAGCAUUUGUUUUUAACACACACAUAUAUUGUAUGUAUAAAUAUUGCUUUGUUAUUGGACAUUGAUAUGUAUUAACACCUUAUUUCAUACUGAAUGUGUUUCUAUUAUUACCUUUUUAUGGGGUUUUUAAUCAGAUGAACAACCUGUUUUUUGGAAUCGUGACAUGAUUGCAGUCUUUUUUUUCUUUGAGACGUGCUUCUGUAUAGGGACCUGCUCAUAUCUUAACUAAAUGCACUUUUGCCCUAUCAAGUCUAAAGAAAUAAAUAUGGACGUUGCUUUUUGUAUAAAUGUAAAUAGACAGCAGUAACCACCAUGACUGUUUUGGUAUGGACUUUUUAAGUGCAUUUUAAACUAAAAUGCUAAAAUCUUCUUUCAUCAGGUUAUUCCUGUAGAUUCUUUUGAUACUUCUAACAUUUUUUAUUUAAUAAUUUUGAAACCGAGAUGAAAUGGUAACUAUUUCAGAUAUUUAGACUAAAUAGCCGACAGGGUAUCUGUGUAAUUCCUUAAUUGCUAAUGAAAUAGUCAAGCAUAUUUCAAGUGAAGGCUUCUCAGUUUAGUUUUGGUUUGUUGAACUGGUACAUGUCAUUAUCUGUGGCUGUGUGAACCGAAUACAUGGUAGUUUUUUCCCCUCUUUUUAACCUAUAGCCCUAAUAUUUAAAACUGUGAAAGAUACAUGUUGAUACUUUUUUAUUUUCUCAGUCUUCAGAAAUGUAUCUGCUUUUGUUCUGCCGGGAGUGCAUUUGAAACAGAAGUGCACACGCGUAUUCUUAAAGGAAAGUCUGUAUUAAAUGUAUGGCCUUUAAAUAUAUAAAAAGAAUAUAUUUUGGUGUUAUUUUGCUUUUGGUUGCCAUUCUGGUUUCAAGUUAUUCUGGUUUCAAGUUAUUGAAACUACCCCAAUCAUAGAUUGUAAAGACAGACUGCUGUCAAUUUCUGAACAAGGAAGAAAUUAAGUUAAUUGAGCAGUCAUUAUUCCCCCUGAAUACUCUGAUUUCUGAAAAUUAAUCUGAAAACUUGUGGAUAUCCUUAAAUGUUUUAUGGAAUGGGUUGUGUCUGAAAUAUAUUGAUAGUAAGAGCUUCCCAUUUUUAUUCUCUUGUUAGCCUGAUCAGACAUUUUAAUGUGUCUUAUGACAUUUGCAGUCUAAAAUGAGGCCUGAUUGUGAAAACCACUAUGUACACUCUAGGUCCUCCUUUCCAUAUUCUGUUGUCCGCAACUGCUGUUUGUCUCUUCUGGAUGGCUUUUAAGACACCAGACCAUUCCAAUAGUUCUCAGUGGAAGGUGCUUUUAAAUCAUUGCAGAUCUGUGACAAAGUGAGAUGUGCAGCUCAUCACUGGGAGAAGAUUUGGAAAGUUUGAAAAAGGUAGAAAUGAUUUGAUGUGAAAAUGUGCUUAUAAUUUGAUCAUGCUCUUUUUCAGCGUUUUAUGGCUAAUUCUUUGUUAUACCCCCUCAGAAAAUCUCACCUUUUAAAGAGUUGUGCUUGUUGUACCUAAUAGUUACCCCCUCGAAGGUCUUAAACACAAGGUUACACAAUUAAGCUGGGGAUGGUAAAUCAUAGAAAGGUAACCAGUGCAGAGGUCUAAGAGUUCAUUGUAUAAGUGUUAACCUCACUUUCUCUGUGCUGUAAUGUUUGAGAAGUGCAGUUUUUUGUAGGUAUAUGCACAGAUCCCUAAAGUCAGUGAUCUAUAAUACUUCUGAUUAACUUGUGUACCUGUCAAAGGGAAAUAUGACCACCAAUACACUUCACUUGUUUCAACAUGUAAGGCAAAACAAAUGUCAGAAUGUGUUGUCCUGUGUGUGAGCUUGUCCUCUAUCUCUGACUUCCUUAACAUCCCCAUAAUUCAGCUGGUAAAGCAGUUUCUCACUUCCCUAUCUGAUCUGCAUACACACAAGCAGAAUGACAGCUGCCGGUUGCCCAGAAUGGGUGCUGAAUUUCAGUGGUGGAUGAAACUUCAACGGGAUCCACUGGGAUGAAAAGCAUGAGGUAAUGCAAGGGAUUGUUUAUUAUUAUUAUAUUGGGCACAAAAGAAGAUACAAUGAAGACGAGAGCUGUCAGAAAUUCCUACACAGAGGAGAGUGGCUCUAGCAGUUUCUGUCCCCUCCCGCAUUAAAGGAAACGUUGAAAUGGAGUAUGCCAACUUAUAAACGCAGCUCUCGAGCAGAGUCUAGUGGCGGUGGUUUUAUUUCUACAUGUUGUGCACAUGUUUUUUUUAAAGAAAAUCUUAAUUGUUGUGAGCGACUUUGUUGGGAAAAAAGUCCUGUUCUCUGUUGAGAAUUUUGUUCUAAUAAAACAAAAACAAAAUCCUA